AUAUUUUUACGAAAAUAAGUGGACAAAUUUAAUUUUAUUUUCAGAAUAAGUAAAUAGUAUAUAAUAAAAUAGUUUUACCGGGGGUGGGAGCUGGUUGUACUUAUUUCUCUCGCGAGAUCUGGAAAAGAGCUGCUUACUUAUUUCUCUCACGAGAUCUGGAAGAGAGAGCUGGUUACUUGUUUCUCUCGCGAGAUCUGACAAGACUGCGCGCGAAGCAAACACGGCGAGGAUAAGGCAAGAUGGCGUCUGACGGUGAAGACGUUGUUGCAGUCGUCACAGUUCAGUGUUCUUAAUCUGUGCGUCCAUGCACACAUAUAUGUCCUUUAUUACACUCUAUUAAAUAGAGUAAUAAUAACUUUUUGUAUAUUAGUCUGAGCGCACUUUGAUGCUUCUCGAGCUAGCUUUGCUUGCUAGUUAGCUUAGCUUGUUAGCUGCUAACAAAGAAGUGAUGAAAACACAUCGCUAAGCAGAGAUCAAGUGUGAGUGUAAAGUGUUGUGAUUGUGUGAAAAUGUGCGAAAGAACCAUAGCAGAGUACGAGGAGGAACUUUGUCCAACAAAAGAGGAGAAGGAGCGACAUCAUCAAGUUGUGUUACACACAACAGACAUCCAUCAGCUGAUUGGACACCAAGAAGAAUGUCUCCCUCAUCUGCAGGGGGACAGUUUCACUUUAGAGGAUCCACAGCUCUCACAUUUUAAAGGGGACAAGGAGUAUCCACAGCCCCCCUAUUUUAAAGAGGAAGAGGAGGGAGAGUGUCCUGCAGGGCAGGAGGAGGAUGAUGUCAUGACUGUUGUCUCUGUGAAGACUGAAGAGCAUGAAGACAAAGCACCUGAGUCCUCACAGCUUCAUCACAGUCCAAACGUUCAACAGCCCCUUCACAUUAAAGAGGAAGAUGAUGAUCCACAGCCCACUUACAUUAAAGAGGAAGAGGAGGAUCCACAGCCCACCCACAUGAAAGAGGAAGAGGAGGAUCCACACAUGAAAGAGGAAGAGGAGGGAGGGUGUGUUGUAGGGCAGGAGGAGGAUGAUGUCAGCAAGUUUCCACUGACUGUUGUCUCUGUGAAGACUGAAGAGCAUGAAGACAAAGCACCUCAGUCCUCACAGCUUCAUCACAGUCCAAACGUCCAGCGGGUGUCAGCGGGGAGUCAUGAAGAGGAGUGGCACACCAGUGUGGGACAGAAGGAGCUACAGGCCCCCUCCCACAUUAAAGAGGAGCAGCUUCAUGAUGAAGAUGAAGCUCAGUCCUUACAGCUUCAUCACAGUCAAAGUGAGGAGAACAGAGGGGCGGAGCUUGUAAGUCAACACAUCACAGAAGCUGAUGGAGAGCAUUGUGAAGAUAUAAAGUCAGAACCAGACAGCAUCUUUGCUCCACUGUCAGACACGGACCACAUGAUGUCACACUCUUCUGAUCACAGUGACCACAUCCAAAAACCUUUGGAGAGUAAAAAUGACUCUAAAGGUGAUACGAGACAUCACACUAACAACAAACACUUUGACUGCUCUCAAUGUGGGAAAUCAUUUAGACAGAAGAUUAAUGUUACAGUACACAUGAGAACACAUACUGGAGAGAAACCUUUUACUUGCUCUGUUUGUAAAAAGAGUUUCUCCACAAAGCGUAACAUGACCACACACAUGAGAAUACACACUGGAGAGAAACCUUUUACUUGCUCUGUUUGUAAGAAAAGUUUCUCCUCAAAGGCUGACAUGACCACACACAUGAGAACACACACUGGAGAGCAACCUUUUACUUGCUCCGUUUGUAAGAAGAGUUUAUCCACAAAACAUUACAUAACCACACACAUGAGAAUACAUACUGGAGAGAAACCUUUUACUUGCUCAGCUUGUGCUAAAAGAUUCAACACUAAGAAUGAACUUGUAUUACACGUGAGAACACACACAGGUGAGAAACCUUUUACUUGCUCCGUUUGUAAGAAGAGUUUCUCCACAAAGCUUAACAUGACCACACACAUGAGAAUACAUACUGGAGAGAAACCUUUUACUUGCUCCGUUUGUAAGAAGAGUUUCUCCACAAAGCCUAACAUGACCACACACAUGAGAACACACACUGGAGAGAAACCUUUUACCUGCUCAGCUUGUGCUAAAAGAUUCAUCACUAAUCAGGAAUUCAUAUUACACAUGAGAACACACACUGGUGAGAAACCUUUUAGUUGCUCUGUUUGUAAGAAGAGUUUCUCCACAAAGCGUGACAUGACCACACACAUGAGAACACACACUGGAGAGAAACCGUUUACUUGCACUGUGUGUGAUAAAAGGUUCAGGUAUAAGUAUCAGGUGAGUAAACACAAGUGUGUAACAGUCAUGGAAGCUGCAGGGAUUUAGAAACACUUAAAGGCCUACUGAAAGCCACUACUACCGACCAUGCAGUCAGAUAGUUUAUAUAUCAAUGAUGAAAUCUUAACAUUGCAACACAUGCCAAUACGGCCGGGUUAACUUAUAAAGUGACAUUUUAAAUUUCCUGCGAAACUUCUGGUUGAAAACGUCUCGAUAUGAUGACGUAUGCGCGUGACGAAAUCAGUUGUACGAGACAUCUUGGAAUAGGUCCGUCCCAAUACAAACAGCUCUGUUUUAAUCGCUAAUUUCCACAGUAUUCAGGACAUCUGUGUUGGUGAAUCUUUUGGCAAUUUGUUCAAUUAACAAUGGAGACUGCAAAAAAGAGAGUUGUUGGGAAACGUUGUGUUGCUGCGGGAUGUAGCAACACAAACAGAAACACAACCGGAGUUUUAUUGUUUACAUUCCCAAAAGAUGGCGGCCAAGCUUUACUAUGGAACAAAGAAGUCAAGCGAACACGGUUGGAUUGGACGACACAUACAAAGUACAGUGUAUUAUGCAGCGAACAUUUCGAAAGAUCAUGUUUCGAAGAGGGUCCCAUGCGAAUGGCAGAGAUGGGGAUCACCACCCGUCGACUCGUGCUGAAGAAAGGUACGAAGCCAACUAUUUUCGAUAGACCACGGUCAUUGUCUUGUUGUGGAUCUUAUUAAUCUACAUGCAUGUUUUUAGUAUUGCCGGUAUAUGGAGCUGUGGCCCAUAGAAAUAAUGGGUAAUUAAUUAGGUUUGACAUUAUGUCUAUGAUAGAUACUUAGUCUAUAGAUAGGCCUGGGGUGUAAGUUGUAUCACUAACAGUAACAGUGCAAGACUAGGCCACAAACUAAAACUAGUCUAUAAAUAAAUAACAUAUUACCAUUCUGUAUUCUGAAGGCGAUCUAUGUCGUGUGCUACUCCAGCAUCAAUAUCAGCAGCAUCCUCCUGACCGUCACCGUCAGCGUCGGGUUCAAAGCGGUAUGGCUCGAUCCCUCUCACAGCAUCUUCCCUAUCUGAAUCGCUUCCACUCCCCACUAGUCCUUCACUUGCACUUUCCUCAUCCACAAAUCUUUCAUCCUCGCUCAAAUUAAUGGGGAAAUCGUCGCUUUCUCGGUCGAAUCGCUCUCACUUCUGGCCGCCAUCACUGUAAACAAUAGGGAACUUUGCGGAAAUGUUCAACUGACUACGUCACGCUACUUCCGGUAGGGGCAAGGCUUUUUUUUAUAAGAUACCAAAAGUUGUGAUCUUUAUCGUCGAUGUUCUCUACUAAAUCCUUUCAGCAAAAAUAUGGCAAUAUCGCAAAAUGAUCAAGUAUGACACAUAGAAUAGAUCUGCUAUCCCCGUUUUUUUUUAAAAAGUCAUUUCAGUAGGCCUUUAAAUGCCUACUGAAAUGUCAUUUUUUUUCACCUAACCCAAGGUUCAUAAAGCUUAUAUAUUUACCCAAAGUUACGUACGUGACACGCACGUACGGGCAAGCGAUCAAAUGUUUGGAAGCGCAGCUGCGUAUUCACGGUAUCGCGUCUGCGUCUGUGUAUCCAAAUCAGAGUAUUCCUGGUAAGAGUCUCUGUUGUCUGAGUUCUUCGAUCUUGACUGCAUCUUUCGGGAAUGUAAACAAUGAAACACCGGCUGUGUUGUGUUGCUGACUUCCCUCGCAAAAUACUCCGCUUCGCACCGACAACUUUCUUCUUUGCUUGCUCAGCUUCUUUCUCCAUAAUGCAAUGAACAAAUUGCAACAGAUUCACCAAGACAGAUGUCCAGAAUACUGUGGAAUAAUGACAUGAAAACAGAGCUAUUUCGUAUUUGCUUCAAUGGGGAAGCCAUACCUCUGUUUCACUGGCUACGUCACGCGCAUACGUCAUCAUACAGAGACGUUUUCAAGCGGAAGUGUGGCGGGAAAUUUAAAA